ACAGAGGGGGAUGUUGAAGAGGUGGAUCCGCCAUGGCCACAAAAAGGUAGCUGGUUUAUUCAGUAAAGCAGACACAAGAACGAAAAGGUUUCCAGUACUAGAAGGGCAUCCAUUGGCACAAGAACAUGCGGAAGCAGCGGUGGAGACACAAGGCACCAUCCAAGAGAACCUCAAUGCCUUGAAAAAGGAAUUCCAGAUAUAUAGAUGGAACCCAGAUUUUCCCAACACCAAGCCCCAUCUGCAGUCUUAUUUUGUGGACCUGUCGACAUGUGGACCCAUGGUGUUGGACGCACUACAGAAAAUAAAAGCGGAAGAAGAUUCGAGCCUGAGUUACAGGAGGUCAUGCAGGGAAGGGAUAUGUGGGUCGUGUGCCAUGAAUAUUGAUGGAACCAACACGGUGGCUUGUCUGAGGCCCAUUGAUGCAGACACCACCAAGCCCACCACCAUCACUCCUCUCCCCCACAUGUUUGCUAUUAAGGAUCUAGUGGUUGAUCUCACCAAUUUCUACCAGCAGUACAAGUCGAUCGAGCCAUGGCUUAAGGCAAGACAGCGACCAGAGGAUGGGCGAGAAUACAGGCAAUCGCCUAAAGACAGAAAGAAGCUAGAUGGGCUGUAUGAGUGCAUACUAUGCGCUUGCUGCAGUACUUCAUGCCCUUCCUAUUGGUGGAACCCAGAAGAAUUCCCUGGACCAGCAGCUUUGCUCCAUGCUUAUCGAUGGAUCUGCGACAGCCGGGAUGACUUCGCGGAUGAAAGAGUGCAGGCAUUGCCGGAGGACCUAAAGAGGUUAUAUAGAUGCAGGACUAUAAAGAACUGCACAGUCAACUGCCCCAAAAGCCUAGACCCUGCAAAUGCCAUCCACAAGAUGAAGACUAGGCAUUUGGUUUCUCAGCCAGUGGAGUUGUUUGAAGGCCAGUAAAUUGAACUUCUGAGUCACAUCUGUGUGUGUGAGUUGUACAAGCUAGUUGAUGGAACUUGCAUCAGUUAGAAUGGACA